AUGUUACGACGUUUGUCCGCAGUCAAACCUCAGCAGAAACUCCAACCAGCAGCGAGAAGACAAAGGUCCAAGGCAUCCUCGAUCCUUCUCAAUGGAUCAUCGUGUCGUGCAUAUUUCCAUGGCACAUCUGAACCUCGUUCAGAAUCCGUCGGCUGGUUUAAGCUCCUCCUAGCCGCUGCUGGUGCAUCUGUUACCACGGCAUCUUUGAUCUAUACUUUGAAGCAAUCACCCCCUAAUGAAAAGACAAUCACCAAACCAAAAUACGCAACGCUUGAAAAUAUGGAGAAAGCUAUUGCAGAAAUUCAGCAAGAGCUGGGGGAAGAAUGCAUAAGCACAGAUGACGAGGACUUGAAGAUGCACGGCUAUUCGGAAUGGUCUUCAGUCAACAUCGAUCGUCUUCCUGUAGCGGUUGCCUUCCCUGAGUCCACUGAACAGGUGGCCACAAUUGCCCGAGUUUGCCAUAAACACAAAGUGCCCAUGAUCCCAUACUCUGGCGGAUCUAGCGUUGAGGGCCAUUUCUCUGCACCUUUCGGGGGCGUAAGUGUUGACUUUCUCAACAUGAGCAAAGUUGUUGCCUUUCACCCAGAAGAUAUGGAUAUUGUUGUACAACCGUCGGUGUCCUGGAUGGCACUGAAUGAGGACAUCAAAGAAAGUGGACUAUUUUUUCCGGUUGACCCUGGGCCACCGGCCAAAAUUGGAGGAAUGAUCGCAACCAAUUGCAGUGGCACAAACGCCGUGCGCUACGGGACAAUGAAAGACUGGGUUGUCAAUUUGACAGUCGUUCUCGCGGACGGAAGGGUGAUCAAAACUCGACAAAGGCCACGCAAGUCUUCGGCCGGCUAUAACCUGAACGGAUUGUUUACCGGUUCUGAAGGAACACUAGGCUUUGUCACUGAGGCCACUCUAAAGCUAGCUCGUAUUCCCGAAGAAACCGGCGUUGCUCUGACAACGUUCCCUACAAUGAGAGAUGCCGCCAAUGCGGCCACCCAAAUUGUCCGGGAGGGAAUACCAGUUGGGGCUGUCGAGCUGAUGGAUGAUGUUCAGAUGGUUGUCAUUAACAAAAUGGGAUCCACUGGCAGGGUGUGGAAAGAGAUGCCAACACUAUUUUUCAAGUUCAGUGGCACAAAGGCAGGAGUUCAAGAUAAUGUCGAAUCCGUUCGAAAGAUCAUUGACCAAAAUAGGGGAGGUGAUCUUGAGGUGGAAAAAGACAAGUCCAAGCAAGCAGCGCUUUGGUCCGCACGCAAGGAGGCCUUUUGGAGCAUGCUUUGCAUGAGAGAAUCUGGCCAUGAGGCCUGGUCUACUGAUGUGGCUGUCCCCAUCUCUCGACUUCCGGACUUAGUCGAGAUGUCGAAAAAGGAUCUUGAGAAGCUGGGGCUCUUUGGCAGUAUGCUUGGCCAUAUUGGUGAUGGUAACUUCCAUGAGACUAUUUUGUACGACGGGGCCAAAGAGCGUGAGCAGGUGUCAAAGUGUGUUCACGAUAUGGUUCAUCGCGCGAUUGAAAUGGAAGGGACCUGCACAGGCGAGCACGGCAUUGGUUUGGGCAAGAAAGAGUUUAUGGUGAAAGAGGUAGGAGAGGGGAGCUUGGCUGUCAUGCGUGGGAUCAAAAAUGCGUUGGAUCCCUUCUGGUUAAUGAACCCUGGAAAGGUUUUUGACCCUUAA